AUGGGUGCAUUUCUAGCAGCACCUGCAUGCAUUUCAUCGUUAGCAUGCUGCUGCGGUAGCGCAGCAUGCUCUUUGUGUUGCGCAGCAUGUCCGUCUACCCGAAGCUCACUGACUACCAGAGUAAUGUAUGCUGGGAUGUUGUUGAUCAGUACGUUCAUGGCGUGUUUAAUGCUUGCACCUGGUGUGCAAGCUAAACUUGCUGAUUCGAAUUGGUUUUGUGAGGGUCUGUCUGGAAUUGCUGGAAUAAAUUGUUCCCAUGCUGUCGGUUUCCAGGCUGUUUACAGACUUUGCGGAGCAGUGGCCAUUUUCUUCUUCACGCUUAUGAUUUUGAUGUUAGGAGUGAAAUCAUCCCGUGAUGCAAGAUCGAAGAUUCAGAACGGCUUUUGGUUCUUCAAAUAUGUGAUUCUUAUUGGGAUCGCUGUCGGAUUAUUUUAUGUCAGUUCGGAAAGCAUUUCUUCGCCUUUAAUGUGGACUGGCUUGAUUGGUGGAUUUAUUUUUAUCCUCCUACAGCUUAUAUUGAUCGUUGAUUUCGCUCAUUCGCUUGCUGAAGGAUGGAUGGAAAAAUAUGAAGAGAAUGAAAGUCGCACAUGUUAUUGUGGGUUGUUAGUGUUCACUUGCCUCGCAUAUACAUUAGCCAUCGGUGCUGUCGUGCUAAUGUAUAUAUUUUACACUUCGGGAAAUUCGUGUUAUAUGCCAAAGUUAUUUAUUUCAUUCAAUGUCAUUCUCUGUGUGCUAGUUUCUGUCUUGUCGAUUCUUCCACGUAUACAGGAACAAAUGCCUCGAUCAGGCUUGUUGCAGUCAUCGUUCAUUACGCUCUACGUAGUGUACAUCACAUGGUCUGCACUAAUCAAUAAUCCAGAUAAAGAGUGCAAUCCUUCGUUGAUUGACAUUUUUACCAACCACACGACUCAUUAUGGCCAGGAUAUUUAUGGAACACCAAUACCAACUGAAUCUUUAGUUUCUCUUCUUAUUUGGUUUAUCUGCAUACUCUAUGCAUCAUUCCGGACCUCAUCGAAUUUCAAUAAAAUUGCAGGCGGUUCAUCACCAUUAACAGUGCAUAAUGCAGAUAACGGUUCUCAGCAGCAUAUUAUCACAUCCACCGAAGAUAAUCUCGAAAGCGGACGUGUUUGGGAUGAUGAGUCAGAUGCUGUUUCGUAUAGCUACUCAUUUUUCCAUUUUGUAUUUGGACUGGCUUCACUGUAUGUAAUGAUGACUCUUACAUGCUGGUACAAGCCGGAUAGUGAUUUGCGUCAUCUAAACAGCAAUAUGGCAGCAGUAUGGGUGAAAAUUGUAUCUUCUUGGCUUUGUCUUGCAAUUUAUGCAUGGACACUUGCAGCACCAGCAAUUUUUCCGGAUCGUGACUUUUCCUGA